AUGGAGCAUGAGAACUACACAGUAGUUACAGACUUUGUUCUGUUGAGAUUGUCCCAAAAUCAUGAAGUCCAGAUUAUUCUCUUCUUCUUCUUCCUGCUCUUCUAUAUUAUCAUUCUGCCAGGCAACAUCCCCAUUCUCAAAAUUCAGGGGGAUUCCCAACUGGGAUCACCCAUGUAUUUUUUCCUGGCCAAUUUGGCAUUCUUGGACAUCUGCUACUGUUCUGUGACCCCACCCAAAAUGUUGGUUAACUUUUUGUCACAUCGUAAGACCAUCUCCCACAGUGCCUGCAUGACCUAGCUUUUCUUCCUCCACUUCCUGGGAGCAGUUGAAGCUUCCCUGCUCAUAGGUAUGGCCUAUGACCAUUAUGUAGCCAUUUGCAAACCUCCUCACUACAGUAGGCUACUACAUCACAUACAGGUGGUAUGCUGUGUCCUAGUUGGAGCUACAUGGGUUGGGGGCUUCAUCCAUGAAGGACACACUGUUGACUCAU